ACACUCCCAUUGGCUGAGCUGAGUGUCUGUCUGGUUCGGCGUCCCGGGGAGGCUGGCGCGCGGCCGAAGGACAAGGAGGAGAUGGUGCGGUUCAAGCACAGGUACCUGCUGUGUGAGAUCGUCUCGGAAGACCCCCGCUGCCGGCAGUGCAUCGACGAGCGGGCGGUGAGCGCUGCGGCGAAGGAUGCUGUUGCCCGGACCCACGGGGACUACGGGCUGGCCUGCUGCUCCAUCUCCUUCACAGUGAAAUAUCUCAAUGCCUAUACAGGCAUAGUUCUCUUGCGUUGCCGAAAGGACUUCUACAGGCUCCUAUGGUCAGCUCUUCCCUUUGUCACUUACUUAGAGAACAGGAACCAGCGUUAUUCCUGUUUCUUCAACACACUACAUGUUGGAGGGACAAUAAGAACAUGUCAGAAGUUCCUUGUUCAGUACAAUAGGAAACAGCUGCUGCUGCUAUUGCACAACUGCACCAGUGAAGAGGAAAGACAGUCCAUCCAGAAGUCAGUGUUAAGCUGUUGCCUUAAGGAAGUGGAGGAGGAGCAGUCUCAAAGUGGGGAUGAAGAAGAUGACUGUGCAGAGACAGACUGAACAUAAACCUAAAACUAGUGCAAUGCCUUCUGUGAGACAAGCGGAUAACUUGCAGUUAAAAGAUGUCCCAGGCUUUCUGCCCUCUGCUGAGCAGAUAAGAUUCAAGGCAUCUCGUGCCCCACUUUUUUUAAACAUAUAUUUGAUUUUUUGGAAAUAAAGCGAAGAGUAAAAUA